ACAACAACCCCGGAGAGCCUGAGAAAGUGACAGCCUUGGGGGAUCGCAGGAGGGAGAGGACUUUGAAGCAUCCUCAGGGGAGGGAGAGAGGCAGAGGACCGCAGCAUCACCUGGGCACCUUGCAUGGUCCUCCUGGAGCAGGGAGGGGUGGCAGCAGCAGCAGCAGGACCACACUGGCAGUUCUGCCCACAUGUUUAAUUUUUGUUUGCAAGGAUCUGCAGCAUUGAUUAGACACAAGAGUUGUCCUUGGAAAUUUAGCAAUCUCUGAGUGAUGGCAGAGAAGGGGAAUUGCAUGCAGCUGCUCCAGCAGGGAUGAGAGGGGCAGGGUUGUGUGCCAAGCUGACAUAGUUCCCCUCUUUGUGUGAAGUCUGUUCCAUGGGGUGGGGUGAGAUAAAAGCCAGAGGGAUGUGGAGGUACAGGAGAUAAUUAUACACUCAGGGGGUUAGAGAAGACAGCCAAGCCCUUAAUGUUAUGCCAAGGAGGCGAAUACCUGCUGCUGCUGUAUGAUGUGUCAGUGACAACCAGAGAGUAGAGGGGUUGUCAGAGAUCCCUGAGGCUCAGACUCUGGGUGACUUGGGAGGGUGCAGAACAUGCAAGACUGAAGAUCUCCUCUCAUCAUUGUUUAUCUGAUCUUCUCCCAUCACCUGGGACUGAGAACCUGACAUGCAGAAGAUCGCCCUUCUUGUCCUCUUGGAGUGGAUGGUCCUCCUAUGGAUGGUCCUUCUUGUGCACACAGACUCAGAUGCAGCCAAGUUGCACCGUUGUGAUGGACACUCUUGUAACCCGCCGGUUGGGAACCUUGCAACUGGCCGGACACCGGUCACGCUCACCACUUGCGGAAUGGACGCCAGUGAACUCUACUGCUUUUACACCGAGGACCAGUUAUUCCAUAAGGCCCCGGUCUCCUGUGGACCACCCCAGUGUACAAAGUGUAGCCUUAACCAGCCUGAGAAUUCCCACCUACCUGCUCACAUGACCGAUGACGUCUUCUCGAGUCCGGCGACGUGGUGGCAGUCCGCCCAAGGUGUCCUCCGGGAGGAGAUAAGGCUGGACUUCGAGACAGAGUUCUACCUGACUCAUGUCAUCAUGGUGUUCAAGUCUCCGCGCCCAGCGGCCAUGGUGCUGGAGAGGUCCGGGGACCACGGCAAGACCUGGAGGGCUUAUAAAUACUUUGCAAAUAACUGUACGGCCACGUUUGGUUUGGCAGAUGACCUGUUCGAGGAGGGAGCGCGGUGUACUUCCAGGUAUUCAGACUCCUGGCCCUGUACAAAAGGGGAGGUGAUAUUUCGUGCCAUAACUCCGGCAAACCGGAUUGAAGACCCCUACAGCCCCCAGGCCCAGGACCAGCUAAAAAUCACCAACCUCCGGCUCCUCCUUUUAAAGAGACAGGAAUGUCCUUGCCAAAGCGCGCCCGGGUCCUUGGAGAAGCCACAGAGGUUCGCCCAUUAUGCCAUCUACGACCUCAUCGUCCGUGGAAGCUGCUUCUGCAACGGGCACGCCGAGGAGUGCGAGCAGGCUGGGAACGCGGCCGGUGUGGACACCAUGGUCCCUGGAAAAUGUAUCUGUCAGCAUAAUACAGCCGGAGAGCACUGUGAGCAGUGUGCCCUUCUGUACAACGACCACCCAUGGAGGCCUGGAGAUGGGAAAACAGGAGCGCCCAACGAGUGUCAGAGGUGCCGUUGUCACAAUCACGCCCUCAGCUGCCGCUUUGAUCACAACCUCUGGCUUGCUUCUGGAAAUAAGAGCGGAGGGGUCUGCGAGAACUGCCAGCACCACACGGAAGGGUCCCGCUGCCAGCGCUGCAAGGGCGGCUACUACCGAGAAUACACCGAGCCCAUCAGCUCCCCACUGGCAUGUAAAGAAUGCUCUUGCAAUGUCAUGGGUUCAAUGAACGAAACAUUAAACCGGAGCUGGAAGUGUCACCCCCGAACGGGAUUCUGUUACUGCAAGCCCGGUGUGGCCGGCCCAUACUGCGACCACUGCUUGGUGGGAUACUGGGGGUUCGGGGAAAAUGGCUGCCGGCCCUGCGACUGCUCCAGAGACUGCGACCCCAAUACAGGAGAAUGCCAAAACAGCAGUGACAAUGAACAUUUUCUAAACAUUCCUAUUGGUGGGAGGAUCCCUGACUUCAUAGACACUCCAGCCAAUGAGAGCGAGGACGAGUGGAAGUGGAACAACGAAAAGGGAUUUUCAGCGUUAAGACAUCCAGAGAAGUGUGUGUGUAAAGAGCGAAUGCUGGGCAGCAUGACGGACUUCUGUCAGAUGAAAUACGCCUACGUGAUAAAAGCUCGGAUCUUGUCCGCUCAUGACAAAGGCACCCACGCUGAGGUGGUGGUGAAAGUCAAGAAGGUCUUGAAAUCUGGCAAAGUCAAGAUUGGACGAAACAACCGGAGCAUCUAUCCGGAAUCGUGGACCAACCGUGGUUGCACCUGCCCCAUCCUUAACCCAGGCACAGACUACCUGAUUGCCGGACCAGAAGACAGUCGGACCAACAAACUGAUUGUCAACAUGAACAGCCUAGUCAAGCCUUGGAAGGCGGUUUGGGCGAAACAAGCCGUUGAUUUCAUCCGGUCAGGCUGCAAAUAGUUAUUGACUCUUCUGGGGAGAAGAUGGAAGUAUCUUCUCUUCCCUUGGCACUUGACUUUAGCAGGACGUCUUGUACAAGCCCAACUCCGGCAGUAGCAUAGACUUCACUACAAGAAGGAACUAACUGCGCAGCCUCCACUGGCAAGCUUUGCGUGUCUUGGAUAGACAAGCUUCUCGAUAGACACCUGUCUCGCAUGGCUUGAAAUUUCAGUACGUGGUCUGUGGAGCACCAGAUGACGCACCUAACUGACUUUUUUUUUUUUAAGUUCCUGUAACCAAUAAUAUCAGGUGCUUUCUGGAAAAGUGCUGGAGGAUGUUUAUAUGUUAUCCUGGCUGUUUUGUACCUGGAUUUUUCCAAAAAGUUUAACAUUUCACAUGAAGGAGUUUACAGGUUUGCCAAUUAAGGACAUCUAAGGACGUUCUUAUAGUAGGUCCACCAAUCAAAAGGAGAUCCAAGGACGUUCUUAUAGUAGGUCCACCAAUCAAAAGGAGAUCCUAGGACGUUCUUAUAGUAGGUCCACCAAUCAAAAGGAGAUCCAAGGACGUCCUUUUAGUAGGUCCACUAAACAUAAAGAGGUCCAAGGUCAUUCUUAUAUUAAGUCCACCAAUCAAGAAGAGAUCCAAGGAUGUUCUUAUAAUAGCUGCGCCAAUUAAGAAGAAAUCCAAGGGGCAUUCUUAUAACAGAUCCACCAAUUGGGAGGAGAUCUAAGGAUCUUCUACAAGUAGGUCCAGCAAUUAAGAGAAGAUCUGAAAACAUUCUUAUAGUAAGUCCACCAAUCAAGAUGAGAUCCAAGAAUGUUCUUAUAAUAGGUCCGCCAAUUUAGAGGAAAUCCAAAGGACGUUCUUAUAACAGGUCCAAGAGGAGAUCCAAGGUUUUUCAAAUAGUAGGUCUGUUAAAUCAAUAGAAGAUCUGAGAAUAUUCCUAUUGUAGGUCCACCAAUCAAAAGGAGGUCCAAGGACGUUCUUAUAUUAAGAGUCCACCAAUCAAGACAAGAUCCAAGGAUGUUCUUAUAAUAGGUCCAACAAUUAGGAGAAGAUCCAAGGAUGUUCUACUAGUAGGUCCAUCAAUCAAGAGAAGAUCCAAGAAUGUUCCUAUAGUAAGUCCACCAAUCAAAUAGAGAUCCAGGGACGUUCUUAUAAAUAGGUCCACCAAUCAAGCCGGGAUCCAAGGAUGUUCUUAUAAUAGGUUUGGCAAUUAAGAGAAGAUCCAAGAUGUUCUUUUAGCAGGCUCACCAAUCAAAAGGAAAUCCAGGGGACGUUAUUAUAACAGGUCCACCAAUCAAGAGAAGAUCCAAGGACAUUCUAAUAACAGGCUGACCAAUCAAGAGACGAUUCAAGGGAUGUUCGUAAUAUAGGUACAAGAGAAACCAAAAUCACGUUGAAAUGGAAAGGAUGGAAUCACUUAAAAUGGCAACACAUUGAGUUUAUAUUUUAUCUUGCCUUUGGCUUCUCGCAAUUGAAUGCAGCGCCAAAGUAAUGUCCAGCUUUUCCUGAACUGCUUUGUAAAUAAAGGUUAUGUGUAACCUAG